AUCAUCAGUAAGGUGAAUCUCUCAAACACUUUUAUCUUCCCCCCAGUUUGUCCUGUUUUCACAGAGCCAUGGACCUGACGGCAGAGUGUCAUUGAAGCCACUAACAACAUUUUCUAUGACUUUUUAAUCAGUCUGAAGUUUUCUUCCAAGUGAAUUGCUCUCAGACUUUGAUUGCCACGGUGUCCAGAUUUGUUUGACAUUCAGGGACGAGAUGAGGAUACUAUUCAUCAGCUUUGCCAUCUUCUGUCUGUGGCUUCUACCAACGGUGCAGGAGGAGGAUGCUGGGAAGACCUUGGACUAUCUGAACCUCAACCCAAAUGUUGACCACACCUCACAGCCCCUUACCUAUGAAAUAGGAAGGAGGGGGGAAGAAGGAAACCUUGGAGCUGCAAUGAAAGUCAAACACCUUUCAAAAGAUGUAUCCACCAAGCCUAAGGCCUCCAGCUAUAGCUCUGUGGGCCCAUAUGGCUGGUCACAGAACCUCUCCCUCCCCUUGGAUCAGUCACCGUUUCGCUCCAAAUCCAAGCCCCCCAUAAAAACACCUAUCAAGGUCAAGAAGACCUUUGGCUGGGGCAAUUUCUACCUCAACAUCAAAACCAUCAAGUUCAGCCUGCUGGUGACAGGUAAGAUAGUGGACCACAUCAACGGCACCUUCAGUGUGUACUUCCGCCACAACUCGUCCCGCCUGGGGAAUAUCUCAGUGAGCAUCGUUCCUCCCUCCAAAGCCGUGGAAUGGGAGGAUGUGGGACGCCCGAAACACCAGUUCCAGAGUCAGCCGCAGUCCACCCCCAAUGAGCACCAGCAGGAGAUGAAGGCCCUCAACUGCGUGGUGGAGUACCAGAGGACCAACAGAGCCAAGAAAACAAAGCCAUGCCUCUACGAUCCCUCCCAGACCUGCUACUCAGAACACACCCAGUCUCACGCCGCUUGGAUCUGUGCCAAGCCCUUCAAGGUCAUCUGUGUAUUCAUCUUUUUUCACAGCACCGACUACAAACUGGCACAGAAGGUCUGUCCAGACUACAACUUCCAGGCUGAUCUCCAGCACUUUGGAAGACGAGGAUAGUGGAUGAACUAGGCGGGUUAUUAAAGCAUGUUUUUCUUCAUCUCCUUUAUCACUGGAGAAAGGGGUUUGUUUUGAACAGGUCAUGAUGAACCUCUUGGGUGGCCCAACACAGACAUUCAGAUGGAGAGAUUUGCUUGGUAGAAUGGAAGUCGUCAGCACCUGGAUAAUAUUUUGAAAAUACACCACUGAAGGGUAGAAGAUUUACAGAAGAUCAAGUAGUGGUUGUUAUUGGGAACAAGUGUGAUAUUUAGUCAUUUUGCUAACUGUAUUUGGGGUCAAAUAUUGACUUGGUUGGAGUAAUGCUCCAUGUGCAUGCCAAAGCAGCUGGUAUUAGCACAACAAUAAUUCCUGCUUUUUUACUACUGUAAUUAUGUUUGUGUAAAUUGUCUGCUUUUUUUGUCACACAUUGCCCAUCUGUGAUGGCCCUUACAUUAACCUUUUCACUACUCAUUUGGGGACAUAUUGCAAGCAAGACAACGCAUCUACACAAAGAAAAUGUCAACCUAACAAACUGCUUAAUGUCUGUGAGUUGAGUGGACUUCAAAAGGAAAAUAAUUUGAGCUAAUUUUGAUGGUUGUUUUAGCUGAAUUUCAACAAGCUUGUUGAGUAAAUUACAAAUGUAUGUUUGCUCAAAACCACUUAAAAUCACGCUCAUCGUUAUCACAUUUCCCAGGGUGCUCUAUUGCAGGUUGAUUUUCAGAAUUGUUUGCUUCAAUACCUGUGUUGUUUGUACAUUGACUGGUUGAUUAAUCGUACGCUACACAAACAUAAAUAACAUACUUUUUCCCAAUCUAAUCCAACCUGUUAGUAGUUGGGUUUAUUACACCCUUUACUGAGAUGUUAAUCUCAUUUAACCCAGAACCAGGGCGUAGCCACCCAUUGGAGAGCCAGGCCCACCCAAUCAGAUUGAGUAACAACCAAAAAUAUGUAUAUAUAUAUAUAUAUAUAUACACACUGAACAAAAAUUUGAACACAUGUAAAGUGUUGGUCCCAUGUUUCAUGAGCUGAAAUAAAAUAUCCCAGAAAUGUUCCAUAUGAACAAAAACAUUAUUUCUCUCAAAUUUGUGCACACAUUUGUUUUCAUCCCUGUUAUUAAGC